UGUGCAUAAUGGUAUGACCCGAUAUUGCAUAUACACCACAAGAACUAUUAACAUUAUGGUAGUAAAUUGACUGUAAGCAUGGCAGGAGCCAAACCUGGCGUCCAUGUAGUACAGCUUAAACCGAUUCAGGUUCCAGAGACUUUAGUGAAAGGGAAUAAAUUCAUAAAAUGGGACGAGAACUCGCAAACAGGAACCCCAGUCACCUUAAAGGUGGAUCCAAAGGGCUACAUCCUGUACUGGAAAGAUCAAAACAAGACGUCCAAAGAUGACAGCUCAGACAUGGACUUCUUGGAUAUAUCCUACAUCAGAGACACGCGAACAGGAAGACAUGCCAAGGUUCCUAAGGGUAGUAGUCGUAGGCCAUCCGCACCUGAGGGCAAAUUGCGAGACCAAUGUAUGAUUGGCCCACCAGAUAUUCCAACAGAAGAUAAGACCAUCACAAUAUGCUACGGCAAGGACAUGACCAGCAUAGACUUCAUCAAUUUUGUGUGUGCUAGCAGAGAUGUUGCAAGGGAAUGGACAGAGGAGCUGUUGAAGUUUGCCACGAAUUUGCUCGCUCUGAAUAGCAGUGUCCUAUCCUAUUUGGAAAAGGCUCACACCAAACUGACCCAUGUUUUAGAUGUCAAUGGUAGAAUUCCAGUUAAGAAUAUCAUUAAAAUGGUGGCCAAAGAUUCCAGAGAUGACAAGAGGAAAGUUGAAAAGGCUUUAGAGUCAGUUGGAUUUAUGGCAGGAAAGGACGGUUUUAUCAACUUGCCCUUUCACAAGAUGAUGAAAACCCCUAGACAGAAUGAGACCAUAGAACCCAACAAGUUUACCUUUGAAGAUUUUUUUAGCUUUUAUCGUCAUCUUCUUGGAAGAAAUGAAGUGGACAAAGUGUUUGAUGAAGUGGGAGCUAAGAAGAAGCCAUAUCUAUCAGUGGAACAGUUUGUGAAUUUUCUAAACAAAGAGCAGAGGGACCCUCGACUGAAUGAAAUUCUUUACCCCUACUACACUGUGCGGCAAGCACAGGACAUCAUAAAUGAAUAUGAAUUCAGACAAAAUAUGGCAACAAAAGGGCAUUUGUCACAAGAAGGUUUCCUGAGAUUUCUGUUGAGUGAAAAUAACAACAUUGUCCCACCAGAUUCUCUGGACCUUAGCCAUGACAUGAACCAACCGCUAGCCCACUACUUCUGUAAUUCCAGUCACAAUACCUACCUACAAGGACACCAGCUAACAGGUCGAUCAUCUGUGGAGAUGUAUAGGCAGGUUCUGCUGUCAGGGUGUCGCUGUAUUGAGUUAGAUUGCUGGGAUGGUCGUAAUGCAGAUGAAGAACCCAUGAUUACUCAUGGAUACACUAUGUGCACUGAAAUUUCGUUCAAGGAAGUAAUUGAAGCAAUUGCAGAUAGUGCUUUUAAAACAUCAGAUUAUCCAGUUAUUCUGUCUUUUGAAAAUCACUGCUCGCAAAGGCAGCAAGCAAAGAUGGCAGCACACUGCAGAAACAUAUUUGGUGACAUGUUAUUGACAGACAUGCUGGAUGGAUCACCUCUGGAUGUAGGGAUCCCACUGCCAAGUCCCAACAGUCUGAUGCAUAAAAUUAUAAUCAAGAACAAGAAGAAACAUUUUCACCAAAGAGAAAAGCCAAAACAACUAUCCAAAACCCAGAGUCAAAUGAGAGAUGCAAUUUCUGUGGAUGAAGGAGGCGGAGGCACUGGGGGAGGAGGGAGUAACAGUGAAGGGGGUAAGCGCACAGAGAGCGUCUCUGAGGACAACACUAGUCAGGGAAUACCAGCCCCUGACAGCAAUCUGGAUGAAGUAGUUUCUGAUUCAUCUGACAGUGAUGAUGACAAUGAUGCAGAUGAUGAUGAUAAUGAGGAAGCCAGACGACGAAGACAGUUCAAAGCUGAGAAGGGUACAGCUGGAAGAGAAGCAGAAGCUGGAUUAGAAAUGUCUAUGCUCGUUAAUUAUGUUCAACCAGUUCACUUCCAUUCCUUUGAAGUUUCAGAAAAGAGAAACAAAAGUUUUGAAAUCUCCUCUUUUGUGGAAACCCAAGCAACCAGUCUUCUGAAGGAAUAUCCAGUGGAGUUUGUCAAUUACAAUAAGAGGCAGCUUAGUAGAAUUUACCCCCGGGGGACUCGUGUGGAUUCCAGUAACUUUCUACCACAGAUUUUUUGGAAUGCAGGUUGCCAACUUGUAGCAUUAAACUUCCAAACUUUAGACCUUGCCAUGCAAUUAAACCUAGGAAUAUUUGAGUACAACAAUCGCUGUGGAUAUGUUCUGAAGCCUGAAUCUAUGAGAAGAGAUGACAGGCGAUUUGAUCCCUUUGCAGAGUCCAUUAUGGAUGGUGUAGUUGCAGCCACAUUGACGAUAAAGGUUUUAUCAGGGCAGUUCUUAACUGACAAAAAAAUUGGGACUUAUGUUGAAGUGGAUAUGUAUGGCUUACCCACAGAUACAGUUCGUAAGCGUCACCGGACAAGAACAGUCCCCAAUAAUGGCAUUAAUCCUGUCUAUGAUGAAGAGCCCUUUGUAUUUAAAAAGGUUGUGUUGCCAACUUUGGCAGUUCUACGACUAGCUGUGAUGGAUGAAAACAAUAAAUUGUUGGGUCACAGGGUGCUACCAGUGGAUGGAUUACGGCCAGGAUACAGACAUAUACCUCUGCGAAAUGAGUGUAACCUACCCCUAAUAUUGCCCACUGUUUUUGUUCAUAUAAGUGUGAAAGAUUACGUUCCUGAUGAUAUGUCUGCCUUAGUGGAUGGAUUGAUAAAUCCUCGGCAAUAUUGGAGUAAACAAGAAAAAGAGAAAAGAAAAACACUUCUCUCAAAGUUCUUUGAUUUUGGAGAGGAGUUUAAAUUUACUGACCAAGAAUUGUCUGGCAAAUCUGCAAAACAGCACACCAUAGAUAAAAGCAGUAGUUCAAAGUCUAUACUGUCAAAUGGAAAAACUUCCGGCCCCACAUCACCGCAGCGUCGAGAACCAAAACGAAUGAGCCCAGUAUCUGUGAAUCCUGAGGAAAAACCCCAAAUCACCAAGAAACCCAAUCAUCCAUUAGUAAAACCAGAGCCAAGUAAUGGACAACCAAGUCAGUUCAACCAAAUAUCGGUUAAAGAAAACCGGGUGCAAUCAGUGAGCACAAUUCAAUCACUACUGAAUGAUCCGGCAUUGCUGGUGCCAACACCUCUGAAAGAUCUCAAAUAUCAGAAGGCAUUCUUCAAGGUGAUCAGCAAGAGAGAUAAAGAGCUGGAGUCUCUUAGUAAGAAGCAUGAAAAGGCUAGAGAGACCAUGCGUGAGAUACAUGAGCUACAAGAAGAAAGACUCAUGAUAUCUCAGGUCAAAGCCAGGACGGCCAUGGAAAAACUUCAUGCUAAAUUGUUAAAGAAAGCUAUAAAAGCUGCCAAUGUUGAGCAAGUGGAACAGGCCAACAGACAAGAGUAUCAGAAGCUCACUCGUGAAAAUGAUAAGAAGCAUAAAGAACUACGCAAGACUCAGGCAGAGGUAUUUGUCGCCAUGUGCAAAGACCAUUUCCAAGCAGAAAUGGAUGUUAUGUUGAAGCACCAUGAUGCUGUGUAUGACACUCUGAAGCUGAUCAUGGAGAUAAACCAUCGUGAGCAUGAGAAGAAAUUGACAGCAAUAUAUGAGAUGGAGGUGGAAGAGCACAAAAGGAAAAUGGAAGAGCACAGCAAGAAAGAGAUGAAGGCUCUUAGUAAAAUAUACAAGGACAAGAAUGAACUUGCCAGGAUAAAGAGAGAAGCACAAAACAAACACAUAGAUGAAGUGGUGCAAGAAAGAGCCAAGCAUAAAGAUUUACUGGACAAGAAGAGAGAGGAACUGAAACAAGAAUUAAGCUUGAUUCAGCUGGAGUUUGAAAAAGAGAGAGAAGUGGUACCAAAAGAAUACCGAGCAUCCUUUGAGGAGAAGUGUCGAAAACUGACUGAUCAAUUCCGUGACGUAGGACUAUGUGAUUCUCGUGAGGAACUGAAUGGGGAACAAAACACACCACUCUAAUACUGUAGAUCUUGUGAUAGAUUCAGGAACCAAAAUGUGUACAGCAUGGCAUUUAUUGUUUACUACCAUGUUUUGUUUACAGUUUGUUAUAAUUCAAAAUGUUCUUGUUCUGUGUUUUAAGUAGAUGAAGAGGAUGAGACUGAAGGAGUUGAAGAAAGCAGUUAAGACUCGUACAUUUGACAGUCAGAUAGGUUGACAUAAUAUAUAAUGACAAUUCCAACUGUGACAAUCUUUUAAAUUCUCACUAUCUGUCUGUGUUGUUAACCCAGUUGAAAAGUCAGUGGGAAAAAUUUGUUGAUGUCAUGACAUAUGGCACUUAAAAAAAGAUACAGUAAACCAACAUUUAUUUGUAUGAAAUGAAAGAAACAUCUGCAAGAUUUUCAGUAUUCAUUUCCUGUGAAUGUUUGUAAACAUAGACAAAACACUUUUUUUAUAAAGAUUAUUAAUUUUUUUUUUUUUUUUGUUGAAGUAUUUUUCAUUAUUUUUGUGGUUUAAGCAUACCUCACAAAUUUAAAUCCUUCACAAACAAGAAAAACUGAAGUAAUGAAUAACUACUAAAGCAUGUCCCCAUGGACUUGCAUAUUUUUCUUAAAUCAUGGAAAUUUUACCCAAUGAAAUGCUGGAUCACUCAAGAUUAUUAAUCAUCAUCAGUGGGGUUCACAUCUGACGUUCAUGACAAAAACUGGAAAUAAAAGCUGGUUUACUGUAUACUGUAAUUCAUCGCCUAUUGAAAUGUGCAAGUUCAUGGCAUGGUGUCUAAGCAUAAUAUUCUGUGAAAAAUGUAACAGUGCUUUUGUUUAUUAUUGCAAAAUAUGACAUUUGGUAUAUGACUAUAUGUACAUAAUGAAAAUGAAAAAUGAGGUCUGGCAUUUAGUUUUUAUGUUUAUUUCUAUGUGUUUAUGUUUUUCGUAGAUUAAAGUAAUAUUUAAUGAAUAUAAUUCAUUUAAAAGUAGGAUAUCUUUUAUUGUAUGAUAAACACAUUACAAAACCAUUCCACUGAUUCCAAAUAUAUAAGGUGAUUGUAAGUUUUCAUGCAGUCCUUUCUAUAAUGCAAAAUAUGUGUAUACUAAUAUAGAGAAUUAACAGUCAAGGCUUUGGAUCGAAUUUGUAAUGACAUAUGUUCAAGGUGUAUAAAUGUAUGCUGAACUUUAAUUUGCAAACUCUUCUACACCAUAUACAGGGAGGAUUAUUCAGCCUGUUCAUUGUUAACUAGUGCAAAAAAUAUUUUAAGAAUUGUAGGACUUUUUGCAUUAUCACAACUUUUACAGAUCAUAAUCCACUUUGUAUAAAUUGUGACGUACGUUUUUAAUUUGGGCCCAUUUUAAGGGCUUCAUUAAUAGUGCUCCAAUCCUUGCCCAAUUUUAACUCAUAACUUGAGCCUAAUGUUUCAAAAAGCCCAGUGUUUCUGGAAAUAGUCAUUCCAAUCGUCAAAACAGGAUUAAUGUUGAUGUUUUGUAUGUUCUUUUAUACAGCAUUACUUCGAAGACAAUUUUUGUUACCCAAUGAAAAUCUAUUUUGUUAAUUUACUAAUAAAUGAGGUAUGUCCGGAGGGCAUUAAUGACUGGUACUACAGCAAAGUUGUUAUACUGGACUCCCAUAGUUGUUUUCAUGAUAACCUCUUUUCAUGAUAUAGCACAUUUAUUUACAAUGUACCAUAUAUGAUAAUUAGUUGGCGGUGGUCUCUAUAGUUUAGCCUGUCUUUCUACAUAUUUUAACCAGUUCAUGCAUACAUACCAUGAUGUCAAAGUAAUUUAUCAGAAAUUUAAAGCCUUUUUAAACAGUUUGUCUUUUAUUUUGUUCUAUGAAGUAAUUGCAGUAAAAUGUUAUGGACAGUUUCCCAAAUAUUGAUAUGAAAUCAUUGUAAUGUUAACGCCAUGACAGUACAACAUUGAUAUGUAGAACAUUUAAUUGAAAGCGCUAGUGCUUUACAAAAUAUAUGUUUCCUUUUAGUUUUCCUAUAUAUCAAUCACUCUUGCUGUUUUGUUUUUGUUUUGUUUUUUCCAAUUUUUUAUAAAAUAUAUAUAUGUAGAAGAUUAUGGUAUUAACCAUAUGUAAGUGUAUUUGUAAUAUGUAAACUAUUAAUUUCAUUGUGCAGUGAUAAAAAUAAUAAUUAUCCAUGUUUGACGAUAUCUACAAAACCAAUGUGCUUAGAUGGGGAUCUUUACCCAUGUUUGUGGAAAAAGGGAGAUGUUCUCUCAGUGUUUGAUUAUUCUGUAAGUGUUGCAAGGAGGUAAUGGUAAAACUCAAGUCUUAUGCAGUUCUCUUUUUUUUAUUAUUACAUUGAUGAACUUUUAUAUGCAUCUUGAAAAUACAUGUAUAUUAUGUGUAUUUAUGUUUUGUCCUGUUUCAUUAACUGUAAUGAUAAUAUCCUUUUUCCUUUAGAAAUGGACAUUGAAAAAACAUUCUGGUGCAAUUUCCAUGAAUGUACUGUUAUAUUUAUGGUUUAUUGAUAGAGAGAGUCUGUUAUUUUGCAUUUCACCAACAUGAUGUGAAAAUCAGUUACUGGUCUUGAUCUCUAUUUUUUGUAAACCUUCAAAAAUUCUAAAAAGCAUACAUUCUUGUGUAAUUCAUUAUCAAGUACUUAAUACACAGAUCACUGGGAGCGGUUUACAAAAAUACUUAUCUCUAGUCAAAUUAUGAAGUUGCAAGGUGUUGGUAUUUAUGCCAUAUGAGGUAAUUGUCACAAAGAUUCAGCAUGUAUUUUUCAAAAAAUUGGCUCAAAAACUUUCUCGUAACAAGAGAAAAUGAGGAUACUAAAAAAAGUAAUUAUGUGUGGUGCUUACACAUAUCAUUGAUGUCUGUAUCUUGUUUUAAGAAGCAUCAAUUUUUGGUGAUGAAUAAGACUGCUUGUAUUUUCUGUUAGGUGUUAUAAAGUGCUGAUGGCAUUUUUCUUUUACAUACAUAUAUACUCUAGACAACCAAGACUCACUUCGAUUGGAAAACCAGAGUUAACUCAAGUUAAUUUAGAUACAUGUCUUGCAAAUGCACAAACAAAUUUGCAAUAGAACAAAUAUAUACAUGAGUUGUAUCGCAUGUAAAUAAAAAUGGUGGCACUGGCAAUUGCACAGUUUUCUUAUGUUAAAGGGGAAGACAAGGUUGUAAUAACUCCUCAACUAUUCCCGUAAAGUCUCCUAUUCUCAAACAAUGUACCAUAAAAACUAAAAAUAAAUAAGACAUGCCUACACUGUUUACAGCCAUUACUGUGAUGUAAACUACUAGAUUACAUGUGGGUUGGACCCUGGUAUGAUUGGGUAAGGUUAAUUGGUUAUAUUUGUGACAUUUUAGGGUUACUCAAUACAUUUGAUUCAUCCUUGUGUGAACUCAGGUUUGCCAAUCAAAGUAGGCCCAAGAGAUUAAAAAGGAUCAUAUAUUGGGAAUUUGUACAUUUAUAUAUUGCUUUUGCAGAAAAUACAGAUCAAUUUUCAAUAAGAACUGUGGACUUUACACUAAUUAUCUUGUCUGUUUUUGUAUGUCUCCCAUUUGUUUUGUUAUCUUGUCAAACAAUCGUCAUAUAUGUUAACUGCAGGUGAUCCUAAUUAAAAGAUAACCAGAAACAUA